UCUUCUACGCGAAGCCUAAAAAACCCAAAAAAAAAAAAAAAAAAAAAAAAAAAACCCACUCAUAUAAGUCCACAUCUUCACCUUGAACACACUCUCUCUUUGAAAUUUCAAUUAGCAUAUCCAAAUCCCUCUUCUUCUUCUUCUUCAAUUGUCAUCAACAACAACAGGGGGACAUGCUGCACCAAGUAUACACGGUUUUAGUUCUGCUGCAGGGAUAAGUAAAAGAAAAUGGGAGGUUGCUGCUGUUGUUCCUCUAAAGGAACUGAACUGACUAAUGCACCAACAUACUAUUACUACCCAAGAGCAUCAGAAGAGCAUGUACCCCUGUCAUCUCACCAUGCUCCAGCCUCACUUUCUGCAGGGCUGCUUGUUGAUACCAACUUGGAUACCUCAAUACCUGACACUUAUAGAUCACCUCCUGCACCAAUGCCAUAUGAAGUGGCCUUUGGAAGUCCUCAUUCUCCACCAGUGGCUCAAGAAAUUUGUGGCAACAAGGUUGAUGGAGGGGUGCAGACAACAAAUUCUGAUUCUGUAGAAGCAGCUGAUGGCAACAAUCAAGAUCCUUUGGCUAAGUGCGAAGACUUGAAGGAAUCAGACUGCAAAGCACAAACUAAAUGUGAACUUGAUGCAGAAAAGGACACAGAAGUUGAAAUUUCAAAGCCUGUGGAAUCUGUUGUAUUAGCAACCGAGGAAGAGGAUGGUUGCCCCAUCUGUUUGGAAGAGUAUGAUACCGAGAAUCCAAAAAUUACAACAAAAUGCGAGCAUCAUUUCCACCUUGCAUGCAUUCUUGAAUGGAUGGAAAGAAGUGACACCUGUCCUGUGUGUGAUCAGGAAAUGAUAUUUGACCCACCUAUUGAAUAGUGGAAACCAGCAAUAUAAGUCGUUUUGUAUGCUGCUUGAGCAGAGUUGCAGAAGAAAGCUUACACAAUUACAAAAGGUUUUCAGUUUCUUUUGCGUCCACCAUUGAGGUGCAGCUACACAUAUGGCUGUUGUUUGGUUUGUUUUUGGAGUCAUGCCUGUUGUGCAUUCAUUUCCUUCGAGCUAAAAGCAAGCAAAAGAAGAGGAAGAAAAGUAGGAGUGGUUUUAUGGGGUGUUUGUGGGAAGGGAGGGGGGAAGAAUUUUACAAAGGCAUGAUGGCACUCAUGAGGUCCCUUGUCCGUCUUAAAUGCAUUGGGAUAUUAGUUACAAUAUUGAUCAUCCAAAGUGGAAAUUUGUUGUACAAACGAAAAGUAGGCAACGUCUUCUUUCUCUCUUUAUUUUUAUCUUUUUCUAUAGCCCUUUUUGUCAGUUUGUUUGAUUGAGCAAUGCAUUUUUUUUUUUUUUUUUUUUUUUUUUUUUGGGUUCUAGUUGGUUUUGUAAAUGGCAUAUAGUUUACGUUGGUUCGUUGCUGGUAAGGGGUUUUGACCUGGGUCAUUGAAGGUUGGACUCUUAAGAAUUUCGUGCUGUAUUUCAGAUGAUUCAUGUAUAUAUGUUUGAUUUUGGCACCAAGUUUGAUACAGUUCGCAGACUUGUAAAUGCACAUGAUACAUUUUCAAUUAAGGGGUUUCAGUUUUCUUUUUGCUUGCCCUAGAUAA